CCGAAAAACUUUCCAUUAUCCUCGACUCGAAUGAUCAAACACAGAGGGAAAGCAACGGUGAAUGAAAGAUAAUCAUGGCGGUGAAAGGAUUUUCUUGCAAUCCAAAUGCAAGUAUAACUGAAACCCAUCAUCUUCUUUUUCGCCAGAAUUUACCAGUAGCAUCCAGGCAGCUAUUUCCCAAUCCUUUUUUUGCUUCAUAUCCGAUUCUAAACAGCAACCACAACAAAAAGAAGACACCGAUUCUACGAAUCCGAGCUGCAGCUGCAGCUGAAGAAAGCAAUUCGACUGUUAAUGUUUCUAGCACAAGCGAUGUUAAAGGGUCAGGGACGACAGCCAGAGGGAGGAGACUUCUCAAGAUACGUGAGGAGAAAAGGAAGCGAGAAUUCGACAGGCUUCACAAUUAUCCGUCAUGGGCCAAAGUCCUAGAAGACGCCUGCAAAGACGAUGAGGAGCUACGAGCGGUUCUUGGCGAUAGCAUUGGCGAUCCUGAGCAAAUGAGGAAACGAAUUGAAGAGCGUGUUCGUAAAAAGGGCAGAGAUUUUAACAAGAAAAAGACUGGCUCUGUGCUUUCUUUUAAAGUCAGCUUCCGAGAUUUUAAUCCACUUGAUUCCUACAUAUGGUUCGAGUUAUAUGGAUCGCCUUCUGAUCGAGAAGUCAAUCUCAUUGGAAGUGUUAUUCAGUCCUGGUAUGUCAUGGGAAGAUUGGGAGCCUUUAAUUCAUCUAAUUUGCAGUUGGCAACUGCCUCAAUGGAGUAUGAUCCCCUCUAUGAUGCAGAUAAGGGUUUUAAUGUGAUGCCAUCAUCUUUUCACGAUAUUAGUGAUGUCGAGUUUCAGGACAACUGGGGCCGUGUUUGGGUAGAUCUUGGUACUUCGGAUUUUUUCCCCAUUGAUGUCCUUCUCAACUGCAUGACAGUAUUAAGUGCAGAUUAUUUGGGCAUUCAACAGAUAGUUUUUGGUGGUCGCCGGAUGGGUGAUUGGGAAGAAGGUAUGACAAACCCCGACUAUGGCUACAAAUACUUCAAAAUCUGAACCAAACGUCGAUCCAGAUGCAACUGCAAUCUAGAAGGUUAGUUAGGUCGCAACUUGUGUAUACAACUGAUGGACUCUAGAGAUGGCCCAUCAAUGGGGAUCCUUACUGUUCCUUAUCUGAAUUUGAAAGUUCGGA